AGUCUAUGUCAGUGGCCGCCAUAUUAAUUUAAUCACAGACAAAACGCCGGCCUUUUUUUAUUUCCUCUUUUGUGUCUGCCGUGAAGCGUUCAUAUUGUUUCUAUACAGAAAAUUGGUAAAUGAUGGCAGCAAAUAAUUAUUUUGGGUUCACCCACGGGGGAACCCAAUACGGCGCGGCAACAGCGUCGGCAGCGUACGGCGGUCAGACUGGGUACGCCGUAGCGCCAGCCGCCACAGCCGCCACUUACGGCACCCAGCGCGCCGCGGCCACGGGCUAUGACACUGCAUACCAGGCCGCAGCUGCCACACAAGGUAUGAACAAGAUCCGCAUUGUUUACUCAAAUCCUCGUUAACGUUUUAUCUAAUUU